AUGGCCGAUCACGCCUCCACUUCCGGUGCCGCCGUCGCCCGCGUCAAGUCGACGGCAUCGACGAGCAGCCAGUACGGGUACCCGCACGGUCAUCUGGGCUUCCUGAGCGCGCGCGAGCUCGAUGCCCUCGAUCACUUCCGGGAUCUCGUCGAGGCGAGGGGGCUCUACCGGCGUGGACCACCUGCCUCGCACGACGACCCGACUCUGCUACGAUUCCUCCGCGCGCGCCGAUGGCUUGUCGAGGAGGCCUUCAAGCAGUUCAAGGACACCGAGGAGUGGCGCAGGAGCAACAGCAUCGACGGCAUCUACCAGACCAUCCACCUUGACGCGUACGAGCAGAGCCGGCGAAUGUACCCCCAGUGGACGGGGCGACGCGACCGACGCGGCAUACCGCUCUACGUCUUCGACAUCAAGACGCUCGAUUCCAAGACGGUGGCCGAAUACGAGCGGCAGGGGGCCAAGUCGGCCCUGUCGCCGUCGCCGACAAAGGCCACCGACGGCAAGACGGCACCGGGGCUGCUGCGGCUCUUUGCCCUGUACGAGAACCUCACCCGCUUCGUCCAGCCGUUUUGCACGCAGCUCGUGGCCGACCGCGAGCAGGCGGCGGCGCCCAUCACCAUGAGCACCAACAUCGUCGACGUCUCCGGCGUCGGCCUCAAGCAGUUCUGGAACCUCAAGGGUCACAUGCAGGCGGCAUCCCAGCUCGCGACGGCUCACUACCCGGAGACGCUCGACCGCAUCUUCAUCAUCGGCGCGCCCGUCUUCUUCAGCACCGUCUGGGCGUGGAUCAAGCGUUGGUUCGACCCCAUCACCGUCUCCAAGAUCUUCGUCCUCGGCGCCCACGAGGUGCGGCCGACGCUCGAGGCCUUUAUCGAGCCACGCAACAUUCCGAAAAAGUACGGCGGCGAGCUGGAGUAUUCAUUUGGCGAGCUCGCCGUUCCGGACCCGCAUUGGCAGGGUGUCGUCCAGUGGGAGGAUGGCUUCACCCGCUUCCCGACGGGGCCGAUGCUGUGGGAGGCGGCCGAUGAUGGCGAGCGAGUGGUGUGCGUUGCCUAUGGUACCGAGGCCGACGGGACACCACGGCGACGCCGCGUGUGCACCAUGCCCAAGGCUUGGCCGCCGGCACGCGGUUCGGAAGAGGCUGCCGAAGGGGCGGCCAUGAACACGACCGGCUCGAACUCGAAUCCGACCUCGACCUCGACCUCGACCUCGACCUCGACCUCGACCUCAAACACCGUGUCGACUUUGACAGCCGCGACAGUCGUCGACAUCUCCGAGGGUACCCAAACCGGCGAGCCGACGAAGCGGACGAUGCACGACGACGCCGUCCAGACUGAGGACGCGUUGACCAACGGCGAUGCCGCGGUCAAGCCGGUGCUGCGUGAGGAGGCAAAGACCGCCGUCAUCCCGCCCGCUCUACCAACCACCGUGGCGUAG